CAUGGCUACUGAAAAGUUCGCCUUGAUCAUGGUUGUUGCGCUUACGGCAGGCGUAAGCGUCGUUGCGGCGCAGUCGAGAUGCUCGACUAAAGUGUUGGGAUUGAGCUCUUGUUUGACUUACAUUACUCGGAACUCAUCUUCGCCGUCGCCGUCGUGCUGCGCGUCCCUCGACAGCCUUGUUCGAUCGCAGCCUGAGUGUUUGUGUCCUCUGCUGAGUAACGGCGCCGGUUUCUCCCUCGGCGUCGCCAUUAAUCGAACGCUCGCGACGGCGCUGCCGGCAGCUUGUAAUCUCAAGAAUACUCAAAUCAGCCAAUGCAACGAACUUGCGACCGGACCGGCAGCAGCACCCCUCCCGCCAUCACCGGAAUAUGCCUUCCCCGAAACUCCGGCUGCAACAAACCCACCCUCAGGCUUGUCGUCGGAUCCGGACACGGAUGAAAACACGUCAAGAGGAAGCAGAACAACAAUGCCAUUCUACCCGGGACUCAUUGCCGUCAUCGCCGCCGCCGUCUCGACUUUGAUCAGUUGUUAGCUAUAUUAUUUCCCUAUAGAGUUUUGGAUCAAUGGAUUCAAUAAAAAGGCUAUCAUUUGUAGUCCUAGAGCUGUUAAUUACAAUUUAAUGUCUGCAUGAGCUUUGAAGCUAUGAACAAUUUACGACUUGCCUAACUCCGAUUCCGUAGCCUGCGCCGGACAAUAAAAGGCUAUUAGUAAAAUAUUUUAGAUAUUUAAUUUAUGAUUUAAAUUAAACUGUUAUUAGUUGGAU